AUGGAUGACAGAGACAAUUAUAUCCGUGAUUUUCUGAAUGACUUUAUAAAAGAUAUAAAGAUAAACCAAUCCAAAUAUUUAUCAUGUGGAAAUGGGUCAAACAUAACAUGUGAUGACCAGUGGACAAAUAAUCACAUCUCAGGCCAGGGGUCAAUUGGAUCAGAUGUAUUCACAUAUGUCACCCCUGUGAUAUUUGCUGUAGGAAUAACCGGGAAUACAAUUUCCUUAUUAGUGUUUCUAACUAAAAACAUGAGGAAGUUAUCUGCAAGUGUAUAUCUUGCAGCACUAUCAACAGCUGAUCUCAUGGCAUUGAUAUUCUAUGUCCUCGUUGAGUGGAUUAGAAAAGGGAUACCAAUCGGUUCCGGACAGGUAACAGCUCCUUUUUUGGAAAGUAAUGGAGUAUGUCAGAUAAUUCUGUUCAUGUCGUAUUCUUUCCGUUUCCUUUCAGCUUGGCUUGUUGCAUGUUUCACAUUAGAACGAUAUGUCGGAGUUUGUCACCCGUUGAAACGCAAAGACGUCUGUAACCUCCGUUCCUCAAAAAGAAUAGUUGCCUUUGCAGUUAUAACCUCAUUUGUGAUAGCUUCAUUCCGACCAUGGCUAAGUGAAGUGCGAUAUGUUGGUCCAAAUGAUGUCCCAUCAUGCACCAGACGAUUGGAGCACACGUACCUGUCAUUUGUCUAUGACUGUAUUUUUGGAGUGUGUAUCACAUUUCUGCCAUUUCUAAUUAUAACAAUACUAAAUACAUUGAUCAUUCGGAAGUUAAUAAUUCGGAACAAAAGACACCGACAAGUCAAAAUUAUAACAGAGGAAAGUAUAAUUCGAUUAGAAUUUACCGUUAUUUUGAUAACUAUAUCAUUUUGUUUCAUCGCUUUCAACACGCCAUAUGCCAUUAUAUGGUUCAAACAUUUUCUACAGAUGAGUUCGAUGAGAAUGGAGGAUAGUGUAUUCGUACCAACAAAUCAAAACUUGUUGAAUUUUACAAAGACAAUAUUUUUUAUGAAUUAUUGCAUUAACUUUUUCCUGUACAGUAUUACAGGUGCAUACUUCCGGAAAGAACUCAAAAUGUUAUUUACAUAUAGAAGUAAAGUUUAUCAAAGUUAUCACAAAUGCUCCCUCCCUAACUCUACAGCAACAACUCCGCAAUCGUGGAUUCCUUAAAGUUCACAGUUUAAUAAAGGUGUACAAUUAGCUGUUUCAAUAAUUAAUAGCAUAUGGGGAAUACUUAUAUUUAGUUAUUUUAUCAUGUUGAUACCCAAAUAAUAUUAGAUUCGUUAAUGAUCAAUCAACUGAUUGUAACAAACUUCAUGUGAGUCACAUUCAAAAGGAUAACACACGAUUUUUGUUAACUGAAAGACUACCAGACAUUUAAAAGCAUAUCCUAGUCAUAAGAGCAACAAAAGCAAAAGCUUUUGCAAAAUACAGAGAAACGAACUAUUUUAUGACAACAGCCCCUUGACGUCGUACCGGACAUGUUGAGAAAAGCAAUGGUGGGUUUAACCUCCUUAUUAUAUGAAAACAUUACGAGACCGGAAUAUAGUGUAAAUAAGUACUUAGAACACUCAUAAUUCAGAAAUACUAAAAUAGAAAAAAAUAAAAAAAAUAAUAGUACAUUACGACAUGUAAACAUAGAAUAUAAACAAACACCUAAACAAAAAG